GGAGGCUCAUCCACAAUGAUUAACUGGACCUGAUCUGAUCCAGGGUUUUAGCUCCGUUUGGUUCAGGGACACAUUUAUUUCUGGAAAACAUGUGCAUCAGGUAUCUUGGACUGGUUCUGAUUUGGCUUCCUGCGGGGCUGCGAGCACAGAGUGAGGCUUGGUCCUGCGCUGCUCCUGUACUGGUCCACGGUCUGUUUACACCAAAGCAGGACAUUUAUUCUCAUGGAGCAAAGCUGACCUACACCUGUAACAAUGGACAUAAACCAGCAGAUCAGGGCUGGUGGGCAACAAGCGCAUGUAACAAUGGGCUGUGGUCUCCUCCACCACAGUGUAUCGAUGAAAGUAGUUGUGUUCAACCAGACGUCAACCCCAACACAAGAUACAGUCCAAGCCCCACUGGAUGGUACGAGAAUGGAGGGAAAAUACAAAUAAGAUGUGACAAAGGAUAUGAAACCGAAAACAAUAUAUUAACAGGCACUUGUAUAAAUGGAGACUGGAGCUCAAUGCCCGUCUGUGAGAAACGUACAGACUCAUGCAGUGAACCUCCUCAUCUCCCUCACGCUGUAAUAAUCAACCAGACACAUCAGGAGGUGUUUGCUGCAGAUUCAGAAGUGAUGUAUCAGUGUGAGGACGGCUACACCACAGAGCAGGGAGAAUCCAGGAAGUCUGUCACUUGCAUAUCUGGAAACUGGACUGAAGGUCCAACCUGCAAACAGUCUGACACUGCACCAGCGAUCAGACCAGUAAAACCUGACUCUAGUCCUAUGACGAUGCCAGUCUCCAAUUGUGGAAAUUUACCACACAUUCCUCACAGUGCAGUUUUACAAGGCCGCAUUACUUUGACAUACAGCUGUGCUGGUAAUUAUAAACUAUUUGGUCCAAAGACUGUGGUGUGUUACAAUGAUGGCACAUGGUCAGAAACACCAACAUGUGAAGCUGAGGGACACUGUGUUCUGGAUCCUGCUCAGUAUCCUAAGGGAACAUUUAAUCGUGACUAUCAAGCUCAAAAUGUGCCAGAAGGAGAGACGAGAUACCUUCACUGUUUUCGGGACAGCCACGUCAGGGGUGUAAGAUGCAGUAAUGGAAUAUUAACUGUAGCACCUUACUGUUGCUUGUCUCAGGACAGGGAUAAUGAAAACUGCUGGUGAAACCGAACAGAGGAGCAGCUGCUGCCUGGUUGUUAAACAGGCACCAACAUGGAAACAUGUGAAACGUCUUCAGCAGCAAAACACCUCAAUCCAAACAUGACGACAGUAAACCUCUACUGUGCUCAGAACAUGUUCAAUGAUUAAAACACAUUAUAAAUAAAGUUUUCAUGGUUUAUUGCUGUGAACAUAAACUUGUAUUUGCUGUAUCAACUGUGUGAAAAGUCACUUCAAAGUUUUCCAUCACAGUCUGACACAAGUUGUAGAGUGUUGUGUGAAAUCUUCAUGGAGCCAAUAAGUUACUGGAGACUGUGUCUUAUUAGUAGAUUUAUUU